UUUAAAAAAAGAUUCUACUUGUGAUAAACAUUCUAAACACUUCGCAAUAUCCAAGUUCAUGUCUUACAUUAAUCGUAACAAAAUACCUACAGAUGAAAAGAAAGAAGUGGGCUAUAUGUCAAAACAACCACCUAAGCUACCUGGCUACGUGUUAGGUUGGGAAUGGGUUAUAUAUCCGCUUCAGGCAGAUGGAAAAGAUAUGCAAAUGUUUUGGGCAAGAGUUGAACAAGUGGAAGUCCAGUUUGCUGUUAAUCAAUCUUUUGCAGGAAAUAAGGCAAAUGAAAUUUUGAAUGAAAUGAAAUUAAAUUUUAUAUCAAAUCAGAAGAAUGAGAGAAAAAAUUUAGCGAAUUCGAUGAUAAAUAAUAAUAGUAUUGCUAUUUCUCCAAGCAGUUAUAAAAAGGUUAGGCAUUCUGUAGCCACUUCCUCUUCUACACGAUUACAAAACCCUGAUAAAUCUGCAGCAUAUACCAGGAUUUAUGAACAUUGUCCAUAUUAUUUUUUAUUUUUUACAAGUUCAGAGAGUGAAUCUGGUAAAAAUGACAAAUCAGAUAAAGAUGAAGAUGCUAUAUUCUUUGAUAUUAAUACAAUUUCAUUUGAUGAUUAUUUAAAUCAAAAUAGAAUAAAAUCUGGAUGGAAACUGAAAGAUGGUCGACCGAUUGUUGAUAUUCUUAACACUAAAACUGCUGAUGCUAUGAAAUUAAUUUUAGAAAAGAAUAAAAAAGAAAAAACACAAUUUAUGAAGAGUGUUAUCCAACUGAGUUUUUCCUUAAUUAUUGAUUUAUCUUCUGAGUUUGAAAAUAGAAUGUUUAUCUGGUUUGGCCAAGACUGGGUAGAUAUUAAAAGAAAGGUUUACAAAAUUGUUAAUAUGAAACUACUUGUCUUUGAAGGAGAAAUAAAAAAUAUUAUUGAUACUAUUGAAGAGGAAGGUGUUCUUGACAACUUCUUAAAAGAAAAUUUGUCAAAUGAGGAUGUCCCGGAUUCAAAAAUAUUAGGCAUUCAAUUUUCUGCUCGAAUUACAAUUGCUCUUAAUCCCUUUGAAUUAAAUGAUGCAUCACAAGUUAUAAAGCCAUUUAAGAUUAAAAUAGAGUUUCUGUCAUAUAUGCGUAUCUAG